AAUAUAAGGAUGCUGUCAACAAGUACCAAACAUAACACAGGACGAGGUUAUUGUGAACACAUUUGGAAAAGUGACAAAAAUGAACGCUUUAUUUUUGUUUGCUGUAUGUGCAGUUUCGGCUUUAACAUCAGGUCGUGAGUAUAAAUGCAAGUAUCUACCAGGUAGGGUGGACUACACGCAGUUUAACCCUGUGUCGGACGGCACUCUAGACACCAGCCACAUAUCUGGAUUCAUACUCCAAGCAAAAGGCAAGAACGACGCACACAUCCUUCUUCAGAAGAGCCAGAGUGACUACAACAAUGACAUUGUGGAGAUUGUGCUUGGUGGGUGGGGUAACAGUCGGUCAGCCAUCCGAAACAAACAACAGGGACCGAGAUUCUCCACGUACAAGGGCGCUGUGCUGUCAUCCAGUUCUUACAAUUGGUUCUGGGUCACGUGGUCUGGGGGAUGUGUCAAGGUUGGGAAGGGAAGAACGAUGGGAAGCAGCCAAAUCAUGUCCUGGUGCUCACUCAGUCAUUCAGUGAGCGGAGUCAGGAUCAGCUACGGUUACGGAAGUGACGGCUAUUUUAAUAUUCCAUCGCAAGUAACAAAUGUUCAACAAUCUGCAGUAGAAGAGGGUCAUGUACUCGGCCACAGCGGCCCCUACGACGGGCUCGUCCGAUUCAACGACUCUGCCUCCUGGAACCAAGGACGUAUCAGCGCCAUACGAAUGCAGUGCGGCCAGUACCUGCUUGCCUUACAAGUCCAAUACAACGGAGUGUGGGCAUCUAAGCACGGAUUCUGGAAUGACAAGUGUUCGACCAACCAAUCGUGGACACCCACGUACUAUUUUGGAGAAGACGAAUGGAUAGAGCGUGCGGAGUUGACGGGCGGCAGAUACGCAUCUAGCAUCACCCUCACCACAAACAAGCGGCGGCUGGAAACAUGCGGGAUCCCCGCGGUGUCCCCCAGAUUCGUGGAGAGUGGCAGGCUGGAGUACGUCUCAGGGAUAUUUGGCUGCUACUUCGACCAAUUCCGGCUUCAUUGGUCAUCCUACCAAGAUGAGGCGGUAGGGGGUCAUGUACUCGGCCACAGCGGCCCCUACAACGGGCUCGUCCGAUUCAACGACUCUGCCUCCUGGAACCACGGACGUAUCAGCGCCUUAAAAAUGCAGUGCGGGCAGUACCUGCUUGCCUUGCAGGUCCAGUACAACGGAGUGUGGGCAUCUAAGCACGGAUUCUGGAAUGACAAAUGUUCAACCAACCAAUCGUGGACACCCACGUACUAUUUUGGAGAGGACGAAUGGAUAGAGCGUGCGGAGUUGACGGGCGGCAGAUACGCAUCUAGCAUCACCCUCACCACAAACAAGCGGCGGCUGGAAACAUGCGGGAUCCCCGCGGUGUCCCCCAGAUUCGUGGAGAGUGGCAGGCUGGAGUAUGUAGCCGGUAUAUUCGGUUGCUACUUCGACCGAUUCCAGCUUUACUGGUCAUCCUAUCACUCAUCCUCAAAUUUUAUGCCAAUACGGAGGGCAGAAGUUCUGAAAUAAAAACAUGAGUUUAUAUCAACGUUUAUUAACAGGUCAACAUUAACUAUUUGAAUAACAAAGCAGUCUGAAUUCAUAUAACCGUCAUUAAAACUGUCAAUGAUUUUCUUAUUAAAUAUAUGAAUUGUGUCUAAUGAUAUUUUAACACAGAAGAACAUACAAGAAUCAUCCAAUUGUACACUGAAUAAGAAAUUCACCAUAAAUGCUUUUUGUCACAUUUGUACAUUAAAAAUAAAACAUAAACUUAAAACAAUUGUCAUAUACUCAUCUCUUUCUCAGAGAUAUGAUUUUAUAUACUUUAUACGUUUGUCACGUAAAAUACGUACAUUAUAACAUCAUUGUAAAUCUAACUUGAAAAUAACAAAUUGGAGAACAAAAAUGUUUUUACAACAUCGCUAAAGCAUUGCAUGGCUCUUGCAGAUGUCUGAUGAUCAUAAAAGUAGAACAGUUAUCAAAACACGCUCUAUUCGCAGGCUUAAUAAUUGUCACGUAAAAGACAACUGUUUGUUCUUCAAUGCAUCGUCUACCCUUGCAACGUCCUUACUACUGAGUUUAAAGAAUCGGUUUCCCCUGCCGGUUGACGUGGGCUCUUCAACUCUACACAGUAUAUCAGAGGGUUCUGCCCAUAUUUUAUCGUGCUUUUUAGGCCAUUUCAAACAAUCCUUCACUUUAGACCCCUUCUCCAAGAAUGAUACUUCAGAUAACCCCUCGUCAAUAUCAGUGACCUUGCCAACAUAUGCAUCGUUGUCAUACAUUGACGCUAUGAACUCCCCUGUUCUAAUGUCAUCAACAUUAAUGCCUAUCUCUGUGUUUUCUGAUGUAAUUGUCGUCUUAUCUGGUUCCCCGUCCUGUUGGUUUCCACCGCCUGAUGCUUUUGUUGUCUUGCUAACUGUGUUGAUUGUAUUUAAUUGUAUCUAUAAUAUAUAUCUCUAAAAUUGUACAGCAUCAUGUUUUCAUAUUGACACAUCAUCAUUACAUACCUUUAUAAUGAAUUUAUUAUUAUGUUUUAAAAUAAAAAUAUGGAUUGUGCUUAUCGUAUUGUAACGUCAAAUUGUCUAUUUUACUAUCUUAUUUCGCAAAUUUUAUUCUAAAAAUAUUGAAGAUAAGAAAAAGAAGAAGAUUUUUUAACAUUUACAGUAUAGAUUGUGUAACGCUAAAGAACAAAAUUUUCUAAUAUAUAAGUUAGAAUUUUACGUGACACUGUAUUGUAUUUUACGUGACACAAAUAACCAGCCACACCCUCUAAUAAUUAUGGUCUAUCCUAUAAUUUACAAAAAAACAACAAAUCAAUUUCGAAAUAUUUCCUAAUAAAACCACACACUUAUUGAUAUGAAAUACAAGUUUUCCUUAGUUAUAGCAAAUAGCAAAUAAAGCACCAUAGUUAAACAAACUUACCAGAUCGAUUUUUCCAUUCUUGAGCGGUUUGUCCGUGAAUUCGAAGAAAUGGCGGAUGUAAACAUUCUAUGACGUCAUAAUAAAUUUUAAA